UGCCACAAAACCCUAACUGGGCCACCAUCACCCCAAAUUCACCACCACUGUGGUUUGGAGUUUCAUCAGCACCUCCUCUCUCCCCCCACUCAUUAAAUUCACCACCUCAACCCCUCUGUCUCUCUACUCCCCCACUUCCAUAUCUUCUUUCUUCUUCUUCUACUUCUUCUCUCUUCUCUCUUCUCUCUUCUAAUACCCUUAAUUUCCCUAUAAACCUACUGUGUAUAUACCCUAGAAAUUUAAUUACAGCUUCCAUUUUGAUCUUUCUCUUCAAUUCUCUUCAUUUUCUCUUUUCAAUUUUCUUUGCAAUAUAAUUAUAUAUAUAUAUAUAUAUAUAAAUACACAAACACAUCCAGUAGUACUUAUCCCAGUUCUGAGAGUAAAGAGAGAAAUGGGACACCACUCAUGCUGCAACAAACAGAAGGUGAAGAGGGGAUUAUGGUCACCAGAGGAAGAUGAGAAGCUCAUCAACUACAUCUCUACCUAUGGCCACGGCUGUUGGAGCUCUGUUCCCAAACUUGCAGGGCUCCAGAGAUGUGGAAAGAGUUGCAGACUAAGAUGGAUAAAUUAUCUUAGGCCAGACUUAAAACGUGGGAGCUUCUCUCCCCAAGAAGCUGCCCUCAUCAUUGAACUCCAUAGCAUUCUAGGAAACAGAUGGGCACAGAUAGCCAAACAUCUACCAGGAAGAACAGAUAAUGAGGUGAAGAAUUUUUGGAACUCAAGCAUAAAGAAGAAGCUCAUGGCUCAUGAAGCAGCUCAUCAUCAUCUUGUUCCAUCUUUAGCUGCAGCUUCCAUUUCUGAUCAUAUUCACAACCCUAGUUGUUCUGAUCAUCAUGAAGCUGCGGCAGCUGCUUUCUUCACUUUCAAUCCAAACCACCCUGAUUUCAUCAAUCUCACCUCAUCUCAUCAUCAAUUGCAAGAUCAACAACAGCUUUACUUAUCCAUUAAUCAAACUCUCCGCAACAUUAAUCCUCAACACCAAGGAUUAUUAUGUCAGAAUAUUAAUAAUGAUGAUGCGAAUGAUCAGCUUCAAUUUGCACCUUCAUUAUCAAAUUCUUCCUCCAAUCCCUUUAGUUCUUCAUGGUCAACUUUGGGAUGUCAACUACCUACUCCCAUUCAACAAGAUCACCAUCAAAAUUUCUUCUGCAUUAAUAAUGAAGCUUCACCUCCGAAUUAUGUCGGCGGCGGAGGAGGCGAUAAAGAGAUGAUGGAUAUUCCAAGUGUUGCAUUUUCAUCUUGUGAGAAUCCAUUAAUGGCUGCUUCGAUCAUGGAUGGUAAUAACUGCAAGGUCAUGACAGCCUAUUCAUCAUGUACUCCAUCACAUGAUCAUCAUCAACUUGACCCACCAUGUAAUAUUCCAUCCACCGGCUCUUAUUUGCAAGAUUCGUUUGUGCCAAACACCAAUAAUAAUCAAAUGGACUACAUUGAAGCCAUCGUGUCAUCAUUACCGUCGUCGUCAUCGUCUUCAACGUCUUCUUCUUCAUCGUCGUCGUCAUCGGCAUUGUCACAUUUACCAAGCAGCUGCCAAUUCUUUUCAAACCCUAAUCUGCUAAUUCCAUCAAGAUGGGAUGCCUAGAAAUGGUUACUUGAUGAAGGUAUAUCAUGUAUGGAUUGUAUUCAUAUAUAUAUAUAUAUAUAUAUAUAUUUGAAAAAAAAAAAAAAAAAGAUAAGAUAUUUGUUAUAUGUGUGGUUUGCAUUUAUUUCUUGAAGUUUUCAUAAGUUAAAUGCAAUGCCCAAAAUUGGAAAACCUAAAUGUUGCUAGUUUCAGGCUCUUCAGUGAGUAGUUUCUGGGUGAAAUUCCAUAAAUAUGUAGCUUUAUUCACAUGUUAAUCUCUUCCAAACAUAUUUAUAUAUUUUUUAUAUUUCCCAUUUCAA